AUGUCUUUCCGGGGCCACGAUGAAGGUGAAACUUCUACUAAAAGAGGAAACUUUGUAGAACUCUUACAAUGGUAUGCAGAUAGGGAUGAUGAAGUGAAAAAAGUUGUGCUACAAAGUGCUCCACAAAAUAACAUGAUGAUUGCUCCAAAUAUCCAAAAAGAGAUCGUGAAUGCUUGUGCGAAAGAAAUAAUGAAAGCAAUAGUUGAAGAUUUGAAUGGAGAAUAUUUUGGAAUUUUGGUUGAUGAAUCUAAGGACGUCUCUCAUAAGGAACAAAUGGCUCUUGUUCUGCGGUAUGUCAACAAAGAGGGCAAACUUAUUGAGCGAUUCCUUAGUAUUGUUCAUGUUAAAAAAACAACUUCAUCGUCGUUACAAAAAGCAAUCUAUGAUUUGCUUUUAGAGCACUCAUUGAGUCCAUCUCAAAUACGAGGACAAGGUUAUGAUGGAGCUAGUAACAUGCAAGGAGAAAUCAAUGGUCUUAAAACUUUAAUUCUGAAAGAUAAUCCUUCGGCAUAUUGUAUACAUUGCUUUGCCCAUCAAUUGCAAUUGACUCUUGUAGCCGUUGCAAAAAAACAUUUUGAUGUAGAUCAAUUUUUUGAUAUUGUUGCUAAUGUCUUGAAUAUUGUUGUAAGUUCUUUUAAGCGUAGGGAUAUGCUUCGAGAGGAUCAGGCAAAAUAA